AUGCUACAGCGAAUAUCAUAUUCCCUCCAUCGCAGGCUCCUGUCUGGUCUGCUGCGUGCCAAGCACUACCCGCUCAGACGGGUUCUAUUCCCACUCAUUCUGCUACAGAUCAUCAUCAUAGCGUUCAUUUGGUCGAACUCACCUCAACGCAUCGCGGCCGAUCCAGACAACGGCUAUCUACAGAGCGACGACGACGACUCGUGGUAUGGCCGCGUGGCAUCUUCGUUCGCCUUAAAAGAUAACCGCGAGAUCCAGACCGCCAAGAAGCUGUACGAGAACCUCAAGUUUAGCACCCAGCCCAGAUGGGCCAGCGAGUACACACUGCAGAAUGACCUGCUCACCGUCAAGGUGGGCCCGCAAAAGGGCACCAAGCUCUCAUCCGUCGACGAUUUGAAGUUCUACGACUUCGACCCGCGACUCACAUGGUCCGUCAUUCUGAACCAUUUGGAGAACAGCAACGCCGGCCAGGAAAAACUUCCCUUUUCCUGGUACGACUGGACAAGCUUCCAUGAACUGAACAAGCUCAUCUCCAUUGAAAAAACCGUCUUGCCCUGUAACUUCCUCUUCCAGUCCGCCUUCGACAAGGAGUCUCUUGACUCCAUCGAGAAAGAGCUGAGCGAACCGCUGUUCCUGUACGAUAGACUCAAGUACGACCAAAAACUGUGGUACAGGGCCGCCAGAAAACUCGACAGAAUUAAAGAAACCAAGGAGCUGGACAAGCAUUGUUCCAAGCUGUUCACCCCAAAGGGCAAGGGCUCCCCCAAGGACUUGAAGUUCAACACGCAGUUCCGUAUAAAGGAGCUCUACGACAAGGUCAGGCCCGAAGUUUACCAACUGCAGGCCAGAAACUACAUUUUAACCUCGCAGUCGCAUCCGCUGUCCAUCUCAAUCAUCGAGUCGGACAACGCCACCUACCAGGUGCCCUUGCAAACCGACAAGUCUAAGAAUUUGGUGCAAUCUGGCCUCCUGCAGAAAUACAUCGCAGACAACGUGAACUCCACCAACAAGCGGAAAAAGAAACAGAACCAGGACGUCGAGUUCAACCACAACUCGCUCUUCCAGAAAUUCGUCUCGGACGAACAACUGAACUCCCGUUACAAGCUCGACAUGAAGGAAACAGACAAAUCCACUUUCGACAAGGACUUGGUCUACCUGUCUCCCUCUGACUUCAGGUUCGAUGCCUCCGAGAAAAUCGAAGAUUUAGAAUCACUCAAGAUGCUCCACCCGAACGAGUUUUCCGCUCACAACGAAAACUAUUUGAACAGUUUGAAACGCUCUAUAACAACGAAUCCUGCCUUGCAAAAAAAAUUCUUCUACGAGGCCGGCGGUGUCAAACAGUAUAAAGGUAUGGGGUUCCAUCGUGACAAACGAUUCUUUAACGGUGAUACCCUGAUCAACGACAAACAGGAAUACCAGGCAAGGUUAAACUCGAUGAUCAGGACUUUCCAGAAGCUUACAAAGGCCAACGGUAUCGUAUCUUGGCUGUCUCAUGGUACGCUGUACGGCUACCUCUAUAAUGGGCUGGCUUUCCCCUGGGACAACGAUUUCGAUCUGCAAAUGCCUAUCAAGCAUCUGCAAUUGCUCAGUCAAUACUUUAACCAAUCUCUGAUCUUGGAAGAUCCAAGAGAGGGCAACGGCCGUUAUUUCCUCGACGUCAGCGACUCCUUAACGGUGAGGAUCAACGGUAACGGUAAAAACAACAUUGACGCAAGAUUCAUCGAUGUGGACACCGGUCUAUAUAUCGACAUCACCGGGUUGGCCAGUACUUCCGCCCCCAGUAGAGACUAUUUGAACUCAUACAUCGAAGAACGCUUGAAAGAGGAAGAGUUGGACAUUAAACACAUUCCGGAAUCAGACGGCGAGACCGCCAAUGUGCCCAAGCAAUUAAAUGAUGGAUUGGUCAAUAUGGCCAUUCUAAACAUCAGUGAACUGAACGAUUAUAUCACAGGCGAGGAGAAUAAAAAACAUAAAAGAGUCCCCACCGAUACCAAUUUGAAAGACCUUUUGAAAAAGGAACUGGAGGAAUUGCCUAACUCCAAGACAAUCGAAAAUAAACUGAAUCCAAAACAAAGAUAUUACAUCAAUGACAAACUCAGACUUUAUAACUGUAGAAACAAUCAUUUUAAUUCUUUCGACGAAUUGUCUCCCCUAAUCAAUACUGUGUUCCACGGUGUACCUGCGUUGAUCCCCCACAGACACACCAAUUGUUUGCAUAACGAGUAUCACGUCCCUGAUAGAUAUGCCUUCGACUCCUUCAAGAAUACAGCUUACCUGCCCGAAUUUAGAUUCUGGUUCGAUUAUGACGGCCUAAAGAAAUGCAGUAAUAUCAAUUCGUGGUAUCCUAACAUCCCCAGUAUCAAUUCAUGGAACCCUAACCUCUUAAAGGAAAUUUCUACCACCAAAUUCGAAUCUAAACUUUUCGACUACAAUAAGGUCUCUGAAUAUUCUUUUAAAAACUUGUCUAUGAAUGACGUUCGUUUGAUUUAUAGUAACAUCCCAAAAUCAGGGUUUAUCGAGGUCUUCACCAACUUGUACAAUUCAUUCAAUGUCACUGCAUAUAGACAAAAGGAAUUAGAAAUUCAAUACUGUCAAAACCUGACAUUCAUCGAAAGAAAAAAGCUCUUACACCAAUUGCGGAUUAACGUCGCUCCCAAAUUAAGCUCUCCUGCAAAGGAUCCGUUUAUUUUCAGCUACGAAAAAGCCAUGUGGAGAAAGUUAUCAGAAUCCAUGAACCAGACUGUACUAGACCAAGUCACUAAUAUGGUUCACGAAGAAUACGUUGGUAAAAUUAUUCACUUGUCUGAGGGCUUGAAAUACAAGAACUUUACGCUUUUCAAUAUUACAUUAGAUGGAACGAGCUCACUUGUAAACGAUAAUACUGAUGACUUUAUCCCCGUUAGCGACGCUAAUGUAAAUCCAGUAGAUUUUAAAUCUGGUUUAAAUUUUACCAGUAACACCUUUUUGGAUCUGAACUCCUACGGGCUCGAUCUUUUUGCUCCAACUUUAUCCGAUGCCAAUAGGAAAGGUGUUUUGAUGUUUGAUAAAGAUCCUAUUAUCAUAUACGAAGAUAUUGCGUAUGCUAAAGUAGUUGAGAAAAGAAAGAAGAAGGAGAAGGAAGAUAAGAAGAAGAAAGAAGAAGAGGAGAAGAAGAAGAAGAAGAAGGAAGAAGAGGAGAAGAAGAAGAAGAAGGAGGAAGAGGAAAAGAAGAAGAAGGAGGAAGAGGAAAAAAAGAAGAAGGAAGAAGAAGACAAGAAGAAGAAGGAAGAAGAAGACAAGAAGAAAGAGGAAGAGGGGGGAAAUAAUAAAGAGGAAGACAAGAAGAAGAUAGAAGAAGAGGAAAAUAAGAAGAAGGAGGAAGAUGAAAAAAAGAAGAAGGAAGAGGAAGACAAGAAGAAAGAGGAAGAGGGGAAAAACAAUGAGGAAGAGAAGGAGGGAAAAAAUAAUAAAGAGGAAGAAGAUAAGAAGAAGAAAGAGGAAGAAGACAAGAAGAAGAAAGAGGAAGAAGACAAGAAGAAGAAUGAGGAAGAAGACAAGAAGAAGAAAGAGGAAGAAGACAAGAAGAAGAAAGAGGAAGAAGACAAGAAGAAGAAUGAGGAAGAAGACAAGAAGAAGAAUGAGGAAGAAGACAAGAAGAAGAAAGAGGAAGAAGACAAGAACGGAAAUCAAUGA